AUGAGGCAAGAAUAUUUUUUGUGUCGUUGCAAAACUGGUUCCAAAAUAUGCAGUACUUUAUUGUCGACUUCGCCAGUUCCAAAAUUAGAUGCGGAAGUCAUCAUAAUAGGAAACGGACCUGCCGGUUUAUCAUUAUCAGCAUUUCUUUCGGGUUGGUUACCAUUCUACUCACCUGAUGAUAGUCCUCAUCCCAAUGAAUUUAUCCAUGAUAAACUUUCGGAACACAACGAAAAUUCGUUAUUUGACCAGGAUUUUUCAUGGCUGGACAAUAGUAUAAAUAUUAUGAAUAGUGGAGCAAGACCAUUUUCGUUGCUGUUUGAUAAUCUUAUGCGUCCUAGUGUAGACAAUAUUAAUUUUCGCAGUUCAGUGCUUACUUGGAUUUACAAUCCAAGUCGUGCUAUUUCUCAUUUAGUUAUUGCAGAAACACCACUUGGUGGGUCUUGGAAUCACUACGACGAUAAUAUGAUAUCCGUGAGUGUAGAUAAUCUUCUCGAUUUGCCAGCUUUUCGUAUCGCUGAUUGGCGCGAUGGAUCUGAUCUUAACCGUCGCUUACCAGCAUCUGUUUAUCGCAAAUAUCUUUCCGAUUAUGCGGAAGUAAUGCUCAUUAAUAAACAAUUCACUGUUGGCUUCAGAGUGGAACAGAUAAAGGUAAAAUGUUGUACAAGUAACUGCAAAGAGCAAUACUGGGAAGUUCUUGGUACAAAAAAUAAUAAACUUGUCUUAUUAAAAUGCAAGAAAGUCGUGUUAGCUUGUGGAAAAAAUCGAGAUAGAUUACUUGGUGUGAAAGGAGAAUUAGAAGGAAAUCGCAUUGUUUAUAAUCUUCGGGAUUUAAAACAAAUGCUUGCCUCAUCAGCUACAUUCUUUCCUUUAAAAAGGAAAGUUAUUGUUGUUGGAGAUGGAAUCAGUGCUGCAGAUUCGGUAUUACAUUGUCUUAAUUCAAAUAUUUCUGUUCUUCACGUGAUUCGUCGGGUAGAUGAGCAGUUACAGUUUACAAAGCUGUCACGUCUUAACGUAUCCAUAUAUCCGGAAUAUGCUAGAGUUUUCAAUUUAAUGACGGGACGUUGCAGAGAUUCUCUUUAUACGAAAAUUACAUGCGCCACUGUUGAAUCGGUGAAUGAAGGUUCAGUUCUAAUUAAAACUGCUCAGGGAACUUCAACGGAACAUUUUGAGAUUUUAUGCAUAUGCAUCGGGAAAGAAUCAGAUUUAAGUAUGUUAGCAGAUAAAUACACAUUUCAAGAUUAUUAUUGCAAUGAAGAUUCAUCAUUGUUUUGCAUCGGGUCGCUUGCAGAAGAUCACUUUGUGCGUUAUCUAAUAGGAGGUGCAAUGGAGGUUGCUCGGUCUUUGAUGUAUUCUUGCUGA